UGGGAGGAGCCUCUGUCAGACCCGUGCCUGUCCUCCUGGUAUGGUGUGGAGUGCGACGACGCGGGGCGGGUUAUUUCCCUGCUUCUCAACGGGAACAACCUCACCGGCUUUCUGCCCCGCAGCGUCGGACAUCUCGCGAUGCUCUCAACGGCCAACUUCGCCAAGAACCGGCUGCAAGGCAGUAUCCCUCCUGAGGUCGCCUCCCUCAACCGGCUGAGGUACCUGGACCUCUCCUCGAACCAGCUCGUUGGAGGGGUCCCUUCUGCCCUGGGAGCCGCGCGGGAGCUGGAGACGCUCUUGCUCAACGACAACUUCCUCACGGGCUCCCUCCCUCCCAUCGCUGACGGUGCCUGGACUCGCAUCCACAACGUGAACCUUGCGAGGAACAGGAUGCAAGGCAGUAUUCCUCCCUCCCUCGGCGCCCUCCGCAGCAUCCAGUACCUUGACUUGUCGAGCAAUCUGCUGCUGGGAUCCUUGCCGGGGUCGAUGGGGUCGAUGUGGAGCUUGAAGGAGCUUCGGCUGCAGGACAACCAGCUGUUCUCCGAGCUGCCGGCACAGUGGGCAGGGAUGACAGAGCUGCGGGUGCUCAAUGCGGCAAGGAACAGGCUCUACGGGAGGAUCCCAGGAGCAUGGGGGCAGGGGAUGCGAAACUUGAGGGCUCUCAUCCUCCACUCGAACCGCCUGAACGGAGAGAUCCCUCCCUCCCUCUUCAGCAUCAGGUUCCUGCAGCAGGUGGUGCUGAGCAGCAACCUACUGGCCGGGGAGAUUCCUUCCUCCAUCGUGCAGGUGAGCAAC